AUGGACUUAAAUAUUAAUCCUGUUUCAACAAAUAAAACACAACCAUUACCAUACGAGAGAUAUGUGAAUAAUAAGAUAUACGAGUUUUACCCGUUAGAUCGUGAGAACGAAUCUGAAUCUUUUAGAAGCAGCCCCAGAAGUGUAAAGAGAGCUAAAUCUGCUAACUUUUAUAAGGAACUUAUCUCACCAAAACAAAGGGGUACAAGCAAUAACAUUACAUCAUUGAAGAGAAGGAUGAAGUCAUGUUUAUUUCCUUCGUCAUCUACAAUGCAUUCAAGAGUUCCUUCCAGAUUCUCAUUAGAAGAAAGAGAAUUCUCGUUUGACUCUCAUUCUGUUCCAUCCUCAACUAAUAAUUCAGAUGUGUCUGACUUAGAGUCUCUACCAGAUUUAACAGAAGAUGAGUAUACUCCCACCAAUACUCCGAUUAAAGAAGUUCCUAUGCUGCUAAGGAAUACAUUGAUUUAUGAUUUAGAAGAUUAUAAGCCAAGAGUUUUAUUUCCUAAACAAGAAGUACAAGAUCAAUUGCAAACUUCAAGGACAUCAAUUUUUGAUAUUCCUGAACUUGUGUAUAGGAUCAUUGAGUUUGUUGACAUCCAGAAUAGCGUUAUUCCUCAAGAACCAACCCCUAUAAGAAGGAAGCCAUUAAGUUAUAACCACGCACUUUUAAUUCAUGGAAAUAAAGAAUUGGCCGACUUUCAUAUGAAACAGAAUACGCUUUAUGACGAUUCACAGAAUUCAUCACAGAAUUCAUUAUGUGAUGAAAGUGGACACAAUGCUAACAGCAAAGGAAGUUUACAUAGUUGCUUGUUAGUUAAUAAACUAUUUUAUCAAGUUACUAAAGAAAUUAUGACCAAGAAGAUUAUGUUUGAUGAUUCUAAGAAAUAUUCACAGUUUGUUGAAAGUUUACAACAAUCCAAUUAUACGUAUAAGCCAGAAGUAUUUGUGUUGCAUAAAUUAUAUCACACCAAGCAAAGCUCAUUUGAAAGCAUUAAAGACUAUAUGAAUUUUGAUAAUUUACAAUGGUUAGAAAUCUUUAUGUGUCCUAAACUAUUACCUCCUGUUGAAUUUUUCCAAAGGGGAGGCAAGAACUUGAGAAAGUUAAUUUUGACUGGUUCAAAAGUAGUUGAUGAUGAUUUCUUAAUCAUGAUCAGUGAAAAUUGUCCAAAUUUGGAAGUGUUAGAUAUAAGAGCAUGUGAAUCGGUCAGUGAUAUUGGAAUUUAUUCCAUCGGAAAUAAAUGUCGUAAUCUUCAUACUGUAAACUUUGGAAGAAAGCAAAAGGGUCAUUUAAUUACUGAUACAAGUUUAUCCAAAUUGAUUUCCAAUAAUAGGAAUUUAUCAACUGUCGGACUAGCCGGAUGUAAUAUUACUGAUAAAGUAGUGUGGGAAUUGGCACUUCGUUGUAGUCAUUCCUUACAAAGAUUAUCAUUAAAUAAUUGUCCAUUAAUACUGAACCAAUCAAUCCCAAUAAUAUUGGCCAGCGUCAAUACCAAUCUGACUACAAAUCACAUAGAGCAGGUAUAUUUUAAGAAUUUAUCAGUAUUGGAAUUGAGAAAUAAUUAUCAAAUUACUUCUUGGCAAUCAAUCAUUGAGUUUAAGAGAAGACAAGAAUAUAGAGGCAUAACGCUACUUCUUGAAUUAUGCGAGACUCUAAUGUUGAGAAUGAGACAAGAGGAAUUGGAAAUGGAUAAGACGAUUUCACAACGUAUUUUCCGUGAUAUACUAGAUUGGGUAAACGAUAAUAAUGACGGGGAUAAUCCCUAUGAUCAUUUAUUAACAAGAAAUAAUAAUAGAAAUUAA